CACCCCAUCUCCCAGCCUGCAAGCAGAGACCUAAUAAGGCUGGGCUGGCAGCCGCGGACCCUGCCCCCCACUCCACCCCCGCGCAUUCUUCUGCCUUGUAAGGCCUGGCCAUCAGCGGCCCCGCCAGCCGGGUCUCCGCCCCCAGAGCUCAGAGCAGUAGCCCCAGCAUCAGCCAGCCAGCUCCCGCAGCACCGCCGCACCGUCCAGGACUUUUCUUCUCUGCAGCAGGGAGGCCCCAACACCUGAAGCCAAGAUGUCCAGCAAGAGGGCCAAAGCCAAGACCACCAAGAAGCGGCCCCAGAGGGCUACAUCGAAUGUCUUCGCCAUGUUUGACCAGUCCCAGAUCCAGGAGUUUAAGGAGGCCUUCAACAUGAUUGACCAGAACCGUGAUGGCUUCAUUGACAAGGAGGAUCUACACGACAUGCUGGCCUCUCUGGGUAGUAUUGCUCUGACUGCCCACUUAGCAGAGAGAAAGACUGAGGAGGUGGAUGAGAUGUACCGCGAGGCACCCAUUGAUAAGAAGGGCAACUUCAACUACGUGGAGUUCACCCGCAUCCUCAAACACGGCGCCAAGGACAAAGACGACUAGGCUAUCCUUAGCUUAGCCCAGACCCUACCCUAGUCACUUCCCCAGCACACACACACUACCCUUCAUGAGGAGUUGGGGUUCUGGCUCCCAGCGCAGGAAAUGAACCGGAAGGCCCACAGGGUGAGGCAGGGGGGUCUGCCAUGGCCUCAGGCACCUAGAAGGGAUCUCUUUAAGGAAGAGCUGCAGUGGGGGAGGGCAGCCAAGGGUGGGGCUGAGGCAGCUGAAGAUGUCCACCCUGAGGCGUGCCCCCAUAUUCCUGGGCUGCCCCGAGGAGGAAAGCACCCCGGUCUUGGUGUUGAACACUAAUUCCCAGCAUCCCCACAAAGGCCCGCACACAUUUCCCAUGUCCCUGUGGAGGAUGACAAUCAGCACUAUGCCUGUCCGGUUUCCAGAGCACAAAGGAAUGUACAGAGAGAGACUGCCGGGGGAAGCAGCCUCUAAUACAAGGCUGAGCACUGCCUCCGUCUGUGUGUGUGUCUGUGACUGGGGAAACUGGGGACCAUGUCCCAUCACAUCCUUUCCUCUCAUCCCAGCGGCGGCCUGAUGCACCAUGCCACUCUGUCCGGGGGAGGGCUCAGGGGUCUGCCAGGUACUGAAGCCUCAGAAGUCCCCAGUCCAGGGGCUGGCUCCAUGCUCAGCUGAGAGCAGAUUAGUCAGUAGAAGAGAAGCAGUCCUCUGAGAAGAAAGAACAGCACGGUGAGACCCAGGGAGUCACCAGGGAGACAGAGGGGUUUUGACCAUUGGGGGUCAAAGGUUAAGGUCACAGCCCUCAGGACUAAGGCCUGAUUUCCAGGUUACGUCACUGUUCUAGAGAAGCUUGAA